UCCUUGUGGUUACUGACCACUUUAGUCGCUAUGCUCAGGCAUAUCCUACUCGUGACCAACGGGCAUCUACUGUGGCCAAGGUGAUGUGGAAACACUUCAUCUGCAACUAUGGCAUCCCUGAAAGGAUACAUACAGACCAGGGGAGGAAUUUUGAAAGUAAUCUCCUUGUCCAGCUUUGGAAACUGUUGGGGAUCUCAAAAAGCAGAACCACGCCCUAUCACCCCCAGGGGAACGGGACUACUGAGUGGUUCAACCGGACACUCAUGAAUAUGCUGGGAACCCUGUGUCCAGAGCAAAAAGCAAAUUGGAAGGACUAUGUUGAGUCCAUGACUCAUGCCUACAACUGCACUCGUCAUGAGUCCACUGGGUUUUCCCCAUUCUUCUUAAUGUUUGGCCGGCACCCAAAGCUGAAGAUAGAUCUAGCUUUGGGUCUCCCCCACCGAGGAAAUGAGGGGUUAGAGGUGGAGGAGUACGUCUCCCACCUCAGAAAAUGCCUGGAGACAGCAUACCAUCAGGCUGCACAGGCAUCUGAAGCUGCCAAACAUCACCAGAAAAAGUAUUAUGACCGCCAGACACGAGAAGCCCCAUUAAUUCCUGGAGACAGGGUGCUAGUAGCCAAGGUAAAGAAAGGGAGACAGAAACUGGGAGACAGAUGGGAAUCAACUCCCUAUAUUGUAAUUAGAAGACAAGGGGAUUUGCCUGUCUAUGUAGUGCAGCCAGAAACAGGAGGGGGGGAACUGCUGAUACAUCGUAACCGAAUUACACCAUGCAUGUUUCUACCUAUUGAUGGAGUCAGUCAACCAGUUGGCAGGGAAGUAGACAUGCAGGAAGCCAUGCCAGAAAAUGAGGGAAGCCUCCCGUUGGAGGCAGGGGCAGGAAUAGAACUUACUAGAGGCCCUAUAGAUAGUCCAGGGGGCUAUAGAGGAAAGAGAACCUGUAGGGGGUUGACAUACACAGGGGAUACCCGGGACAUGGGGGAGCCAGGAUUACGCUGCAAUGAGACCCCAGAGCAAGACAAUUUUGACUCAGACUCUCAGUUCUCUGACCUGGAGGAGCCUGACCAGACCAUGGGGGUAACAGAAGAGGCCGACCAAACUGAGGAGAGUCUGAAUGAACUGAAUUGGAUCGGAGAAGGGCAGACUGACUGGGACCAGACCGAAGAGAUGCCUAGAGAGAACCCACCAGCUCCACGGUGCUCAACAAGACAGCGCAGCGCACCUGUCCAGCUGGAUUUGGAACAGAGGGCUGCCUGAUGAAAGAAGAGUAGAGACUGGGGGGUUAGCCAGAGCUGCUGUGGGAUGUGCAGCAGGACGCUGAGAGGUUUUUGAUUAAGGAAAGGGACGAGGUCGCCCUUUCAUUAAGUGGGGGAAGGGUGUAGCCCAAGGUCCAGUGUGUUUCAGCAGCAGCCCUGGGAACUACAAGUUGUGGACUACAAACUG